CAAUCCGUAGUGUGUCAUAGGCUUAACGGUUACCUUGGCGCAGGGGUUACUUUUGAUCAGGCAUAGGCAAAGUGUGGUCACCUUUGAUGCAGAAGAGAUAAAAAAACUAUAAAGAUGACAACAGAAGUAUCAGAAGAUCAUGCUAAAAGCAAAGUUAGUGAAAGAGAACAUAUUCGUCAAACAUUUUAUAAAAAUCCAAUCAAGAAAAAAAAUCUUAGAUUAGAUCCGGAUUGGAUAUCGUCUUACAAGAACAGACGAAAAGACAUAACAAGAUACCACAUGUUAGAACUUAGAAAAAGAUGUAGANAUGAGAACUUCAAUGUUGCACGUCUAUUAGCAGAGCCUAAAUACGAAGAUGAAGAAGAAGAUUAUGAAAAACAUAAUGUUUUUGAACUUAUUCAAUAUUAUGAAUUUUUGAAACAACUUACAAAACAUGUAGACUCNAAAAAAAGUGAACGCAAUCUACAUGAAAACAAUACAGGAAUUCACAGACAAAAAAAAGAUCCAAUUAGAACUGAUCCUAUCUCAACUGUUGUGCAACAGUUGGGCUGUGUCCAUUUAACCGAAAUGGACCGACCUAAUACAGAAAUUGAACUGCAGGAAUAG